UUUCUCUAUGCAUUGCAUUUGUGAUGGUUAGUUCGGUUGUUGGUGGUUUUGUCGAAAUAGUACCGAUAAAACACUAUUUCUUUCCUAUUUGGCUUUAAAGCUCGCUUGUAUAUUGUUCGUUCUAAUCUAUAGUCAUUAAUAAUACGCUAACGUAGCUGUACAGUAUGGCUAAACGCCAGUAUACGGAGGCAUUUGAUUUCGACGAAGAUGUAAAAAAAGCGCCCCAAAAAGAAGGCAAGAAGCAUUCUCUCGACUCUGAUGAAGAAGACAGUGGUGCUGAGGAAGAAAAGAACAAUGUGCUCAAUGUGAACGAUAUUGAAGGUGAAGAAGAUGGGGUCGCUGCAUUGGAAGGUGAAAUAACUAUAACCCCAUUCAACAUGAAGGAAGAACUUGAAGAGGGUCACUUCGAUACACAAGGCCACUACCACUGGAAGAAGGAGAAGGAGAUCAGAGACGGCUGGCUCGACAACAUUGACUGGGUCAAGGUCAAAGGUCGGCCGGAAGACAAGUACAAAGUGCAUAAAGAUGAUGAUGAGAAGCUGCUUGCCGAGUCCAGCAGUGAUGAAGAUGAGCCUGAAGAGAAGUUUGACCUGAUUGAGAAUUAUAAGGAAAUUAUAAAGCACAUGAAACCUAAGGAAACCAUUGCCAAAUGUCUGCAGAGACUUGGUGCUAACUCUAAGAUAUCAAGUGCUGAAAGAUGGAAGAGAAAAAAGGCAGGCAUUGUUGAUGAGGGUAGCAAAAAUGUUACAAGAGUAACUGAAUUGGCCAACCAAAUACUAACCAAAAUGGGUAACAUGGAUGUUUAUCAGGAGACAUAUGAGAAGAUAUCAGGUAUACUGGCCAAAAGUUCUAAAAAGGAUGCAGACUUGGAUAUGUAUGCUGAUGACUUUGACCAAAAGGAGAAGCAAACUCUGACUAGUGAUGGGCCGAGUACAAGUGCAGCGGCCGAGCCUGAAGCAGAAGAAUCCACUGAGGUGAAGUGGGAAUUCAAAUGGAAGCAGGAUGAUGAGGAGAUCUCCGGCCCGCACACAUCGGAGAAGAUGCAGAAAUGGGUGAACGAGGGAUACUUCAAAACUGGAGUGUGGGUCAGAAAACAUGGUGAAGACACUUCAUUUUACAAUUCUAAUAGAAUGGACUUUGAAUUGUACUUGUGAAGUAAUAAUAAAAUAUUAUUAUUUA